AUGUCUGAGUACACUACAAUCAUACGGUCGAAUACGAAGAAACGUAAAUCUGAAGGGAAUUUUGAAUUGCUGACGCUGGAAAUUGAGGUCCAAGAACUCGCUGGAAUGAACACUGUGACGGUUCGUAUUCUACCGUUGGAAUCCACAGAAUGUGCGAUCUUAGUUGAUUAUGUGCUCACAAUUGAUAAAGAAACAAUUGAGGUAAAAAGAGAUUUAUGGGAACCUGGCAAAGUAGUACUAGAAAAACACACAGCUAAUAAUGGUGCUUUGGUCCUCAUGGCAUCGACCAUCCAGCUUUUAUCACCUGUGGAUCUGAGUCGUCCAAGUGCUUAUCGAAAUUUUGAAAUUCGAUGUGGUCCAUACAACUUCCACGUUGAUCUUCGUCUCCUAGCAGAACUUGGCGGUCCACUUUUUACGAGUUGGAAAGUUAAACAGGAAGCUGGACUGGACUUCGUAGAAGUUACAGAUAUGUCGCCUGAAGAUGUGAAAGUAUUAUUGCACGCUACGGCUCGAUUCGGAUCGAUAAUCAUACACAAGGAUAAUUUCCUUCUGAUGAGUAUUUUGGCAUCACAGUAUCGAUUGCUUACCGUUCUUCGAGAGGUCGAAUCGUAUUUAAUAGCAGCGAAAAUGCCGCUAAUCCGAAAGUUAGAAUUUGCGGCCGAACUUCGAAUGGCGAGGUUGUAUGAUAUGACAAUGAGAGAAAUUGGACCAAAUGCUGUGGAGGAGUCAGAUGGAGAAUUCCGAGAUGAUCGAUCAAGACCAUCAACUUCAUCUGAGACCAGGCUCGACAAAAAGCUUCACAUAUUACGGAAAGGAAAGAAAAGAGACUGUAUCGUAUGUUCAAACAGACAUGAAAAGGGAAAACGUCGUGAGACUAGCGAGUUUUGUGAUACUUGUCCUGGGAAACCUCGAAUGCAUAUGGAUUCGGAAAGCGUUUGUUACGAAAAAAUGCUGGAUUUGCUAGUGUUCCAUGUGCUUGACUGGGCUGGAGUGCAAAGGCUGCAUCGAUAUUUGCGAGACAAUGGCGAUCGACUUCAAGAUGUACAUUGGAUGUUACGAUCGGCUCUAGGCCUCAACAACGAUUAUGUUUGUAUUCCUUGGUAG